AUGUCUACGACCCAGCAAACGAAGCCUAAGACUGUCACCAACACGACCACAGGCAUUACCUGUGAGCAGUCUCAAAAGCUCGUGCAAACGAUGUUGACCAUGUCUUUUGGAUGUCUCUCUUUCCUCAGAGGCCUCUUUCCAGAUGAUAACUUCGUGGACCAGCGCUUUGUUCCUGAAAAGGUUAGUAAAGACUACAAUAAGGACACAAACGGGGCCCAGUCGAAUUCUAUUAAGAUUAAGACCCUUGUUCGUGGCAAAAGUCCAGAAGCUGACCUUUUUCUUGAUUGGCUAGAGAAGGGAGUCUUUCAGUCUAUCAAGCUCAAGUAUUUGAAAGCAUUAAGUCUGGGAGUGUUUACUAACGAGAACACACCGACAGAUCUUCUCGAGGACUACGUUUUCGGAUUCAACUACAACAAUCAAGGUGAAGUGUCUAUCAGUGUCAAUGGCGAAAAGGAGGCAGUAUCACUCUUGGAUUCCAGGAAAGAUGUACAGCAACUCAUGCGCAGAUUUAUUAUAAUUACCCAGUCGCUCGAGCCUCUGCCAGAAAAGAGGUACCUUUCUAUGCGUUUACUUUUCAAUGAUAGUGCACCACCUGAGUACCAACCCCUGCUUUUCAAAGAUGUCAGCCACGAUAGGCCGGCUACAGUCAAAGUACCAGAAUCCACAGAUCUUGAAACGUAUUCUGUGGGGUCGCUGGAUACUAAAUUCCACAACGUGGCUCUAAAAGUUUUGUCGGUUGUGGAAACGACCGAUAUUAAAGAAGGCCCAACCAGGGAUAUUGAUCCUUUCAGCCUCAUCGAUGGGUCAGAAAAAUCGAGUGAGACAAUCAUCACUCAAGAAACUCAGGAGACACAGAAGAAUGUCACAAGCCAAACUACUAAUUAUUUGCAAAAUAUCCUUUCCUCGCCCACAAACAGUUUUACCCAAACGCAGCAUCUGGAGAAAAGUAGCGCGUACGAUUGUCAAUGUCUAACGCCGUGUCCUCCAUCCACUUCAAAGGUAAUCAACUGUAGUGGCUGUAGGAGGAGGUUGCACAAAAUUUGCUACGGAAACCACAGUCACUCCAACCUUUCCAGGUGCGUUUCUUGUCUCACAAAUGAUACAGAUAUUGAUUAUUCCAGCACUUCUUUCCAGGUUUUGAUGAUGCUCAGAAGAAUCUUUAGAUUCAUGAUCAAGAAACCAGAGGUCCCAACUAAAUUAUCGGGGUUAUACGAAAUUUUGGUAGGACCUCAAGCUGACUCCAAGACUGUUGAUAACAUUAAUUUAGCCUUAACCAUAAUGUUUACAGAUGGAACUAUAGUGCUCGAAAAGGAAAGGAGAACACAAUCUAAUAGAUCUCAGUUUUUGAGAUCCUCCAAUUACAUUGACAUUGAUCAUAGCGGUGUAAUAGUCAAAGGCUUCGGAGAACUCUCUGUCAAUACUAGGGCUGUUUGGACUUUCGUCCUCAAUUCUUUUAAUGCACAAAUAGGUUACACAUCUGUGACUUUCGAAACUCGCCAAGCUUUAGAAGAUGCUCUUAUGCAAGUGGAAAAGUCCAUUUCCAAGGUAUUUGAAGUAGAGCCAAACUCGCCAUCGGAGACUGUUAUCGAAAAAUCGCCGGGCUCAUCUUUAAAUUUUUAUUCCUUGUGUAUCGACGAGGACACGUCAAACACAUUAGAGCUCGGCAAGAGAAAGCACCCAAAUUUGAGAGAUUAUCUCGACGACGACAAUGAUUCUCACUUGGAAGACACCUUAAAAGUGCAAAGCUUGAAGCCAAAAAAAAUAAGAAAGAUCAGCGCUUCCAAGAAAACACUACGAAGCAACUGGUAA